AUGAGGGAGUACGGUCACCUCGGUCGGUGUGAGGACUGCCAGGUCACACCAGUACUAUGCAAGUACUGCCUAGCUUCAACUGCAUGGUCGGGAAUCCGAGGCCUAUACGAAGAUUCACCGCCGCGCUCGGACAAGAUUCUGCAAAUCCGCCGCCUAUGCAAGUCUUUCCACCCAACUGGGACUCCCUCAAGCUGCAUCCUCGUGGACUUUGUCUCAUCUGCUGGAUGCAAUGCCGCCGAUCCCUCCUGUGCGCCACAAAAGCCUUACACGCAGCCGCUGCUCUCGCGUACUUGCUUCACCUGUACAGUAAGAUAA